GCGGGCCUUGCGUCGGAAGUCACUUGUGACUGAGCAGCUAAGGGUCUACCGGAGAGGGGAUUUAGCUCAGGAGGCAUGAUUCUCUGGCGGGCAUACCAGCAAGCACUGGCUGCUCACCCAUGGAAGGUACAGGUUAUCACAGCUGGGUCCCUGAUGGGUGUAGGUGACAUCAUCUCUCAGCAGCUAAUAGAGAAACGUGGUUUAGAGAAGCACCAGGCCCACAGGACCCUGACCAUGGCUUUUAUAGGCUGCAGCUUUGUGGGCCCUGUGGUAGGUGGCUGGUAUCGGGUUUUGGAUCGACUCAUCCGUGGCAAUACCAAGAUGGAUGCACUGAAGAAGAUGGUAAUAGAUCAGGGGGGCUUUGCCCCAUGUUUUUUGGCAUGCUUGCUCCCAAUAAUUGGUACAUUUGAUGGACUGUCAGUCAAGGACAACUGGGUCCGACUGAAGCGGGAUUACCCUGAUGCCCUCAUCACCAAUUACUAUAUCUGGCCUACUGUGCAGUUGGCCAAUUUCUACCUUAUUCCCCUUGCCUACAGGUUGGCUUUUGUCCAGUGUGUUGCUGUUAUCUGGAACACCUACCUAUCCUGGAAGUCACAUCAGUCCUGAGUCUACCUGUCCUCAUGCCCCCUCCUUGAAACUAUACCUCUUGACCCUGGGAUGGGUUCAGAUGACUUCAGCGCAGUCCCAACAGUUUUCAGGAUUCCAGGCCACUGGACAGAAAGGAAUUCUGGGAUGGAACACUGAAAUGAAUCCCCACCCCCACCCCCAUGUAAAUAGUACAACCUUGCAGGUAGUUUGAGAAAAUAAAAACUUAUGAGUA